GGUUCUUUCCAGACUGACUGGAUUCUAUCGGCGCGCACCGGAGGAAACGGCUGAUCUCUCCCGCUCUCGCCUCCACAUCUCUGACUCCACCAGAAAAAAAAACAAAAAAAAACUUUUUUUUCUUCUCUUCCAACCUUCAGCGUGAACGACAGGACCCGCUCACGGCUCUCAGCUGCAGGGGAUAUAACAUCUGAGAGAGGAUACAGCGCUGUCACAUUCGUCCAGCUGAUUUCUAGUUCUUUUUCUUCUAUUUCGGGGAGGGGGGGACUGAAAGUUAACGUCGCCAUGUCUUGCGGUGGUGCGUCGGAUCAGAGUCGGCGGUUCUGCGUGUUGUCUUGGGAUCAGGUGCAGCGCUUGGACUCGAUCCUGGGGGAGGCUGUGCCCAUCCAUGGCCGGGGAAACUUCCCCACUCUGUCCGUGCAGCCGCGCCAGAUCGUCCAGGUGGUGCGGGCGAGGCUGGAGGAGAGGGGUGUGUGUGUUAAAGAUGUCAGGCUAAAUGGUUCGGCUGCCAGCCAUGUGCUCCAUCAGGACACCGGACUGGGCUACAAGGACCUGGACCUGAUCUUUGGCGUGUCGCUGAAAGACGAUCAGGCCUUCCGCCUGGUGAAGGAUGUCGUGCUGGACUGCCUUUUCGACUUCCUGCCAGCCGGGGUCUCUAAGGAGCGCAUCUCGGCACUAACCCUCAAAGAGGCCUAUGUACAGAAACUGGUGAAAGUCUGUAAUGACACGGACCGCUGGAGCCUCAUCUCGCUGUCCAACAACACAGGCAAGAAUGUGGAGCUAAAAUUUGUGGACUCUUUACGGCGACAGUUUGAAUUCAGCGUGGACUCCUUCCAGAUUUGCCUCGAUUCUCUGCUCUUGUUUGACCGCUGCUCAGAGACGCCCAUGUCUGAGAGCUUUCAUCCCACUGUUGUCGGGGAGAGCGUGUACGGGGACUUCAGGGAGGCCAUGGAGCACCUGUGUCAGAGGACCAUAGCUACACGCAGCCCAGAGGAAAUCAGAGGGGGCGGCUUAUUGAAGUACUGCCACCUGCUGGUGCGAGGGUUCAGACCCUCCUCGGAGGCGGACAUGAAGCAGAUGCAGCGCUACAUGUGCUCCCGCUUCUUCAUAGACUUCUCUGACAUAGGGGAGCAGCAGCGGAAACUGGAGGCCUACCUGCAGAACCACUUUGCCGGGAUGGAGCACAAACGGUACGAGUGCCUGAUGACUCUGCACCAGGUGGUGAACGAGAGCACCGUGUGUCUGAUGGGCCACGAGCGGCGUCAGACGCUCAGCCUCAUCUCCAUGCUGGCGCUGAAGGUGCUGGCUGAGCAGAACGCCAUCCCGACUGUAACGAACGUCACGUGUUAUUACCAGCCAGCGCCGUACGUGCAGGACAUCAACUUCAGUAAUUACUAUAUUGCGCAUGUGCAGCCGCCGCAGGUCUCACCGUGCAGUAAUUCAUAUCAGACAUGGCUGCCCUGUAGCUGAGUGGACUGUGAGGAGGGCAGAGAUGGACACGGCUCCAUCGCUCUUUAUCUGUCAGAGGAAGUGGACUGAAAAUACAAAAAAAAACAACAACAACAACAAAAAACAAAACUCAUGUUUGCCAAAUGUGACUUGACUUAAACAAUCCUGUACUGCUGUACAUCCGAUUGAGCCGACACGUUGAUUUUUGUCUUGCAAAACAUCUGUAAGAUUGCUGGUCAUUUCUGAGAUGUAGCGAUAAAUCUUGUUUAAGUAUUAAAAAAAAAGUCUAUAUGAAGCUUUAUAUAUAUAUAUAUAUAUAUAUAUUGUAUGUCAAAAAUACAUUUUUGAGGAAACAAACUUUGAAGCCGGUGCUGUUUUCAUACUCUGGCUUUAUUUUUUUAAAAUUACAUACUGGACCAAAGAUGUAUUUGUUGUUCAGAAAGGGAAUGUUGUUAUGAUUCCAAGUGCCUAAAAAUGAACCAUGAAAUGUUCUGAAAACAUCUGUAAAGUGAGAACUGUGCAGUCGCUGUUUUCUAGAUUACUCCGUCUCUCUUUUCAGGAACAGAAGUCAUUCAUUCAUUUUUGUGAGAUUAAAAAAAGGAAAAAAAAAAU